UGCUGCUUUUCGAGGCCGGCCUUUAUCACAUCCCUCUCCCGCUGUUGAGCUUCAACUGUAUGCAUACUACAUUAUUUGCCCCCUACUUUAUAACUUCCCUAGGCUAGACGAGGUUAGCCGGUUAUCCUUGGGCCCGAGAAAGAGCUAGUUUCGUGUCUGCUCGGCUGACUACAGCCGACCUCAAGGGUGACUCAAGGCAUUGGGGCUCCCGAGGAAGAGCACGAUAUACCGCCCGUGUGUUCCCCGCAAAACCGGCCACCUCGCCCUGGGUCUCCAGUCGGCCUGAGGGCGGGAAGCCCCGGCUUUCCUCGUUUGUCUCUCCCCCUCAGGCCAUGCAGCCUAGUGGGCAGCCAGCAGAGGGCAGAGGCCCUUCUUUUGCGGCGCUUCCCUUCCCGGCCGCUCUGCCCCCCGCCGCUUCCUCAGCCGCUCCGCUUCCACGCACAACAUCCGUCGUGGCGAGCGGGCUCGCAGCCGGAGGCCGAGCGAGCGAGCGGUCCCCCGGCGCCAAGAUGCCGCUGGGCCUGAAGCCGACGUGCAGCGUGUGCCGCACCACCUCCUCGUCCAUGUGGAAGAAAGGCGGCCAGGGCGAGAUCCUUUGCAACAACUGCACGGGCCGCCCGGGGCCUCCCGGGUCCGCCGGAGCCGCCUACGCCACCACCUCGGCGGCUGCGCAGCACAGCAACGGCGGCAGCGGCGGAGGGAGCGGCGGCGGGAAGCAGAGUAAGCAAGAGAUUCACAGAAGAUCUGCUCGAUUAAGAAACACAAAAUACAAGUCUGCUCCAGCUGCUGAAAAGAAAGUUUCCACUAAAGGAAAAGGGAGAAGGCAUAUUUUUAAGUUGAAAAAUCCCAUCAAAGCUCCAGAGUCUGUAGCUACCAUUAUUACAGCAGAAUCUAUCUUCCAUAAGGGAGUUUACUAUCAGAUUGGAGAUGUUGUUUCAGUGAUUGAUGAGCAGGAUGGUAAAACAUACUAUGCUCAGAUUAGAGGGUUUAUUCAAGACCAAUACUGCGAAAGUGCAGCUUUAACAUGGCUCAUUCCUACUGCAGCUAGCCCCAAAGACUGUUUUGACCCUGCAACUUACAUAAUAGGGCCAGAAGAAGAUCUUCCAAGAAAAAUUGAGUACUUAGAGUUUGUUUGUCAUGCGCCUUCAGAAUAUUUCAAAUCUCAGUCCUCUCCUUUCCCUACCAUUCCUACUAGACCAGAAAAAGGUUAUAUCUGGACUCACGUUGGACCUACCCCAGCAAUUUCUAUCAAGGAAACUGUUGCCAGCAGCUUGUAGUGUGUCUUGCUCUUGAGAGACUCCUUUUUAUGUAUAUUAAUUUUCACAAAUGUUUAUGUUUUAGUAUAUCCAGCUAGGCCUAUGAGUGACUUUUAUUUAUUAUUUAAAUUUGGGUGCCUUUUUCAAAAUCAAAAUUUCUUCACGUUAUUUGAAACUUGUUUUUCUUCUCCUCUGUCAAAAGUAACUUCUCACAUGCUUGUUGAGUCUAGUGAGAAGCUGUACAUUUUGUAUUUGUUAGUGUUGCUUUAUACAAAAAUAGUU